AUGAGUCAGAACUAUCACCAUCAUCAUCACUGCAAGUCAACUGGCGUUGCCUACUUGCUUUGGCUCUUCCUGGGUCUCUUUGGUGUACACAGAUUCUAUCUUCACCGUUAUGCAUCUGGUUUCAUUUAUCUCUUCACAGCUGGAAUAUUCGGUAUUGGAUGGUUGCUCGAUCUUUUCUUGAUCCCAUCGAUGGUUAGACACUUUAACAACCAUCACUUCUCUGAUGAGACUAUCAUCGUGGCCCCAGCCCCAAUCAUUUACCACAACCAACCAUACCAACCGGUGGCCUACCAGCCACAGCCAUACUAUGCGUAUGGUCAGCAACCACAGAUGGUUCAACCAAUCCAGCCCCAGCCAAUGCCAUACCAGCCACAGCCAGCCUAUGGCCAGUACUAA